AUGAUAGGCUUUGUACCGAGCUGCCAAAGCGUAUUUUGCACUGAAUUUGUUGCUUGAAUCAACUUUGCAUUGCCAAAAUGGGCUUAAGCAUGACCCAAGUAACGAAGAGCUAAAGAAGCUGUUAAGGCAAAUUGAGUCAAAGAAGAUGGAACAUGAACAGCGUGAGGCUCAAGUUUCCAACAGAGGCUAAGGUUUCAUUAUAUUACUAAUGGAAUGAUACAAUUAUGAAUGAACUGUUUGUGAUUGUUCUCAGGCUCAUGUUUAUUUCUUUGUUGAAACUAUGCAUGACCUUGUUUCCGCGAUCGAAAGUAGAGGACUGAAAAUUGGGAAGGCAAUGUAUCAAGGACUUACAGGAUUAAGAAAGCCUGUAUUAGAUAAGAAUAAUAUUCUUCAUUGGCCAGUUCUUCUGCUGUAUGCAGAGGUUAUGUCCAGUGACUUCAUUGAGGAUUUCUGUGAGACUUAAAUGUUGUCAGCUAAUCUGGACAUGAUAUCCUUCUUUUAAAGUGUUCUGGUAUAUUUUAAAGUUGAAUUGCCUAUGAGUUUUCUAUGUAGCAUCCAAUGCUUUUGGAUAUAUGUGCAUUUUGUGUUUUCCGGAGUUUUCAAACAUGUUUUCAGAAAACUGCCCACCUUUGUCAUGGGAUCAGGAACACAAUUACACUCGUGAAGCUGUUGAAUUAUACUAUGAAGCAAGUCCAGGAGUUUCUCUGUCAAAAACAAAGAUUCUUCGCUGUCUCUUAGAGGGCACUGCAGCUUCUCAUGUGGAAAACAUCGGUGAUGAGGAAAAGGAUGCAAAUAAGAAUUCUAAUGAUGGCAGCUCAGCAGGCAAAGGUUCCUCUAAAUGGGUGAAAGUAAAUGAGAAAAGAGCACUUCAUGAUGUUCUGAAAGAACCUAACUUUGUUAUUCGAGGGAUCCCAGGUCUGUCUUCAGCGCACAGUUACUGUCGUAUCAGUUUCAUUCCUUUCAUUUUUUUUCUUAUGACAAUUGUUUGGUUUUUCCCGGACAGGAUUUUUUGUUUGUUGUUUCUAAACGUUCCAGCUUCUAUAAAGAGUUCAAAGCUGGGAAAUGGGCUCCUCCACCUUGAGUUGCUGGUUGGUUAUCUCUUGAAGAUGGGCGACGUCUAUUACGAUACGAGUCAAAGUUAGUGAUACCUGGGUAUAUGACUAGGCUUCAUAGUUUUCGUUCCACAAGAAUGCCCGUGGUGAUGGCAAAACUCUGGGAAGUCACAAGGUUGUACAAUUGAGAUAGCUUUCCAAAUGUUUGUAUUAUUAUUACUUGAGCUAGUGCAUGUACCAAAAACAUGAA